AUCAUCAUCAUCCUCGUCAUCAUCACCCCCCCCCCCCCCCCCCCUCCCCCCUCCUCCACCUCCUCAUCCAGCCUCGGGGUUUUUUGGUUAAGCGUCUCUCCGCAGCCUGCAGCAUCUUCACGGAGCAUCUCACCGCGGACAGCCCCCUCCAGUUUCGCGUUAACUGACGUGACUCCGGGCCAAUCCUGUUGCUGCUCGGGCUGUCGACGCCAGUGAAGGAGCGGGGCGGUGUCCAAUGACGAGGGUUGGAAGGCUCGGAGGGGGGUGGGGGGCGUCGGUGUGGUGUACUUCACCACCCCUCCUAUGGGUUUACACAGAGUUAGUGCAAGAUAUUCUGCCCUGGGAGUGAGAGUGCAAGGAUAAACGGAACAUACACGCUGCGCAUCGGUGUCACACUGAACAGCCUUCAUCUUCACGUCUCCAUCUGGGAUCCACUUUGAUACCUCUCUUUUUUCUGCCUUUCUCAUCUUCCCUUUUUAUUUAACCUUGUGACUACGCCGGCUGAUUAUUGAUGCUGCUCCAUGAACUUGAAACAUGACAGGACAUAAGUGUGUCUCCUUGCGCUCAGCUCCUCUGCGCCUUCACCUUAACAGGUAACCGCGGGGGAGAGAGAGGAGAGGGAGAGGGAGAGGGAGAGAAGACGCCGGUGUUUCUCGGGACGUGUGCGGGAGAUGAGCAUUGAUUUUGGGACGCGCUCUAAUGGAAGACGCCGCAAACCACUGACCACCUGGCUGUGUCUGCUGGAGAGCGACGCUGAUCACCGCAAUCACCGCAGGUCGCGCAAUUCUUAUUAGAUCUGUCCAUUCCUGAAGUUAAAUGGGGGAAUCGGAACUGCGACAUAUGCAGGCAAUAAUUUACCCCAGUUUGUGUGACCGGCUGCUUUUACCCAAAACCUGUUCCAGAGUCUGAUUACUCCUGCAGGCGACUGUUUUUUUUGUUCCUUCCUCUUUCCUGGACACAAAGCUUCAUCUGACUGAGGAGGAUAUCUUUUUACCCGAAGAGGCUCGCAGGCACCCUGGAUGAGAAGACUAUGAGCUGACACACUCCAGUUUUCUCUCCUGCGCUGUAACUGAUUCGGGUUUGUCCCUGGAAGAUUCCUGCUGUCACAUGCAAGGAGUCACUGCAAGUGUUGCAUAGACAAGAGUCCUUGAGUUGCAAAGGCUGGGAACAUAUUUACACAGUCAUGGAUCUAAAAGACUAUUACCUGUUGGGCGCCCUGCUCGCCUGCAUAUGGCUUGAUCCUUCAAUAGCCCAAGAGCUCAUCUAUCCCAUCAGAGAGGAGCUGCAAGAAAAUGUCCUCAUUGGAAACAUACCAAAGGACCUAAACAUUUCCCACACAAAUGCUGCCACUGGGGCGAGUGCUAAUCUGGUGUACCGGCUCGUCUCCAAAGCAGGAGAUAACCCGCUGGUGCGAGUUCUGAGCAGCACUGGCGAGAUUUUCACAACAUCAAACCGAAUCGACAGAGAGAAGUUGUGCCCCGGUCCCUCCUUUGAGGACAGCGAGUGCUCCUUUGAAAUUGAAGUGGUCAUCCUGCCUAAUGAUUAUUUCAGGCUGAUUAAGAUCAAAAUAAUUGUGAAAGACACAAACGAUAAUGCCCCCAUGUUCCCGUCCCCUGUGAUCAACAUCUCCAUCCCAGAGAACACGCUCAUUAACAGCCGCUUCGCCAUUCCCUCUGCCACUGACCCAGACACGGGCCCCAACAGUGUCCACAAGUAUGAGCUGAUCAACGGGCAGAGCGCCUUCGGCUUAGACAUAGUGGAAACGCCAGAGGGGGAGAAGUGGCCCCAGCUUAUUGUGCAGCAGAAUCUGGACAGAGAGCAGAAGGAUACGUAUGUGAUGAAGAUCAAAGUGGAGGAUGGUGGCAGCCCGCAGAAAUCCAGCACCGCCAUCCUCCAAGUGACAGUAACGGAUGUCAACGAUAACAAGCCUGUGUUUAAAGACGGACAGAUAGAAGUGCAUAUACCAGAGAACUCCCCUAUCGGCACGUCUGUGGUGCAGCUUCAGGCCACAGACGCAGACAUAGGGGCUAAUGCAGAGAUCCGGUAUGUGUUUGGGACUCAAGUGUCUCCUGCUACAAAGAGACUCUUUGCUUUAAACACAACAUCUGGCCUGAUCACGGUGCAGAGGCUUCUGGACAGAGAGGAGACUGCUAUUCAUAAGCUCUCUGUCCUGGCCAGUGAUGGCAGCUCCAGCCCUGCCAGAGCUACUGUUACUAUAAAUGUGACUGAUGUUAAUGACAAUCCACCUAAUAUUGACCUGAGAUACAUAAUCAGUCCCAUUAAUGGCACAGUUUUUCUCUCGGAGAAGGAUCCCAUCAAUACCAAGAUAGCUCUCAUCACGGUGUCAGACAAAGACACUGACAUCAACGGCAAGGUCAUCUGUUUCAUCGAGAAGGAUGUGCCCUUCCAUCUGAAAGCUGUGUACGACAACCAGUAUCUGUUAGAGACCUCUGCUCUGCUCGACUAUGAAGGGACCAAGGAAUACAACUUUAAGAUUGUAGCUUCAGACUCUGGGAAGCCGAGCCUGAACCAAACAGCUCUGGUGAGAGUGAGGCUGGAGGACGAGAACGACAACCCGCCUAUUUUUACUCAGCCAGUCAUCGAGCUGGCUGUCAUGGAGAACAACAAACGUGACCUGUUCCUCACUACGCUCAGCGCCACGGACGAGGACAGCGGGAAAAACGCUGAGAUAGUUUAUCAGCUGGGACCUAAUGCCUCGUUCUUCGAUCUCGACCGUAAAACUGGGGUCCUGACUGCUUCCAGGGUUUUCGACCGGGAGGAUCAGGAUCGGUUUCUAUUCACCGUCACAGCCAGAGAUAAUGGGACACCCCCUCUGCAAACCCAGGCGGCGGUUAUUGUAACUGUGCUGGAUGAAAAUGAUAACAACCCCAAGUUCACUCAUAACCACUUUCAGUUCUUUGUGUCUGAGAAUCUUCCUAAGUACAGCACAGUGGGAGUGAUAACUGUGACAGAUUCAGAUGCUGGGGAAAACGCUGCUGUUUCUCUCUCCAUUCUGAAUGACAAUGAGAACUUUAUCCUGGAUCCGUACUCCGGAGUGAUAAAAUCUAAUGUGUCAUUCGAUCGGGAGCAGCAGAGCUCCUACACCUUUGAUGUCAGGGCUGUGGACAGCGGCAGGCCCCCUUGCUCCUCAGCUGCUAAGGUGACCAUCAACGUCAUUGAUGUCAACGACAACACCCCCAUCGUCAUCUACCCCCCCUCCAACACCUCCUUCAAGCUGGUCCCUCUCUCCUCCAUCCCGGGAUCUGUGGUGGCAGAAGUGUUUGCGGUGGACGGGGAUACGGGGAUGAAUGCAGAGCUGAAAUACACCAUAGUGAGUGGAAACAACAAAGGUCUGUUUCGGAUUGACCCUGUCACAGGGAAUAUAACUCUGGAGGAGAAACCUGCAGUGACUGACAUAGGCUUACACAGAUUAGUCGUCAAUAUCAGUGACCUGGGAUAUCCUAAAUCUCUUCAUACUCUGGUGCUAGUGUUUCUCUAUGUAAAUGACACUGUAGGCAACUCCACACUCAUCUAUGACCUCAUCCGACGCACCAUGGAGACACCCAUCGACCGUAACAUUGGAGAAAGCAGCGAAACUUAUCAGAGUGGUGAUUAUUUAACCAUAAUGAUAGCCUUUGUAACCGGCGCCUUGGUGGUGAUUAUUGUUAUCUUUGUGACUGUGCUGCUGCGCUGCCGCCACGCUUCCAGGUUCAAAGCAGCACAGAGGAAAAAGCAGGGAGCCGAGUGGAUGUCGCCUAACACCGAGAACAAGCAGAAUAAGAAGAAGAAGCGCAAGAAAAGGAAAUCCCCCAAAAGCUCCCUGCUCAACUUUGUCACCAUCGAGGGGAACAAACCUGAUGACCCGGCCCACGAGCCCAUCAACGGAACCAUCAGCCUGCCCACGGAGCUGGAGGAGCAGGGGAUCGGACGCUUUGAUUGGAAUGCCACACCGACCACGACCUUCAAACCCAGCAGCCCAGACCUGGCCCGGCACUACAAGUCCGCCUCGCCGCAGUCGGCCUUCCACCUCAAGGCUGACACACCGGUCUCGGUGAAGAAGCAUCACGUGAUUCAAGAGCUCCCAUUGGAUAACACAUUUGUCGGGGGCUGCGACACGCUUUCCAAGAGGUCCUCCACGAGCUCCGACCACUUCAGUGCCUCAGAGUGCAGUUCCCAAGGAGGGUUCAAGACGAAGGGGCCCAUGCACACCAGACAGCAGGGAACAUUAACUCGUGCCCGAACUGAACUGAACCCUGAAUAUCUGGACCUCCGUCCACGAGCUGAGCUGAACCCUGAAUACUGGACCCCUUGCACCCCUUUAUCGCAGCGGCGCGUCACGUUUCACCUGCCGGACGGCUCUCAGGAGAGCUGCAGUGACAGCGGUCUCGGGGACCACGAGCCUGUAGGCAGUGGCUCCCUCCUCACACAACCUCUCCCUCUGGUGCAGGCGCAGGACGACUUCUACGAGCAGGCCUCCCCCGACAAGAGGACCGAAGCUGACGGCAACUCCGAUCCCAACUCUGAUGGCCCCCUGGGACCUCGUGGUCUAGUGGAAGCGACAGAGAUGUGCACGCAGGAAUGCCUCGUCUUGGGACAUUCGGACAACUGCUGGAUGCCCCCCACAUUGGGAUCAUACCAGCAGCCCAAGUCACCCGUGUCCGGCUUUGGGUCUCAGAGGGAGUGGGGUCCCAAGGACAAACUCCUCAAUGGACACACUCUAACCAGAACCUGGAAAAACGAGAGUGGGCGGUCAGAUCACUUUGGGGACAGGAAGCAGUUUGGGAGCGGAGAAGGACACUUCACCAGCACUGGCAUGGCUGAUAUUCCAUUGGUGAGUCUGAAGUCCUGCCAGCCAGCCUCCUGCCCAGACAGCCCAAAGGACCAGCAGCUAUAAGACGGACUCUGCUUCUGUGCUGUGAGACGUCCUUACAUCUGGACACAGACGAAGCCGCUCUCCUGAGCUCCUCACCAGUUUUAUUGUUUCCUUUCGAUUUUCAUCUCUACCCACUUGAGUUAACGCUUCUGCAGUCGGCUAGCCACAUGUACUAUGUAGGCCACAAAACUAUAGUGCUUAUGCUGUGUUCUCUACGAUUCAACUUUACUAUCGCUCUAGAGGAAACCUGUUUUUUUAUGAACCCAUGGAUUUCUUCUGUAUCACAUUUUCAGUCCACUUCAUGUGAGAUCUGGACAAGCGCAGGAGGGGAAGUGUGAAAAACGGAGAAAAGAAAACAAAUUACACGAAAAAAAAAAUACCAUGGCUGACCAGUAUAUACAAAUAUUUGUGGUGUGGUUGUUAUUGAGUUGUUCAGGACUAUAUUAAUCGACACAAUCAAAGAAAAUGGAAACACAUUUCAGAAAGUGUUGAUUGAAUAACACUGUUAGUGGACACUUGUUUAUUCUGUCAUUGUCUGUGUGUUUGUAAAUAAGACUUAUUAACCACUAUCAUGUACCCGUAAUAACCACAGUGAAUAGGACAGUUCUUGGCUGUUGUCGUCAUAAUGAGUUGUCAUCAGGUUUUGGGAUCCCACCUGGACGCAGAUGUGUAAUUUGGCGUUAUGUACAACAGGAAAACAUUUAGCCCAAUCCUUUAAAAAAUGUACGGUUGAUUUGGAGUCAGAUUUCCAUCCCGUUCUAUACUCAGUGUUGCCCAUAUUUCAUGAUAUUUUUUCUCCAAGUAUACUGCGAAACCACAGGCAAACCGUUAAUUUUUAAAAAAUACAUUUUGUAUGAAGGAUGUCAGUGCUCAAUAUGUGCAUUAUAAAAAUGAAAAGCUCCGAAAGCUCUCCUCUAUAAACUGAUUUUGAAAGUGUUCAGUACAAUUAAAUAGCAAUAUAUUUGUAAAUGGCUAAAUGUUUUAUCUAACGUUGAUCUUAUUACUGUAUAGAUUUUAUUCAAAUGUGAUUUAACUGAGUGCAAUCCCUCAGUUGUACCUGCAAUUUAUUGACGUGUAUAUAUGUUAUUUCCACACAGGCUUUGAUUUUCCAUACUUAAGAAAACACGGAUUAAGACAACACUUUAAUCACUGUGCCUUCAUGAUGUUCCUCAAACACUGAUUUGUGCUUCUUUAAAUGACAUGUUGGCUACAGAUAGUAUCCUGUCUGAUAAUCAAAUGCCUUAUGCAUUGAGUAUUUACCAAAUUAAAAGACAUAAUCACACUGAUGCUAAGGUGCAAAAUCAAGUCGUUGGUACUCGAGUACAUCACAAAGGCAUGUGCAGAUAACAGAUCAACAACGAGAGAUCGAUCGUGUGUCAUUCCACUGUCUGAAAAGGGUUUGUUUUAUUCCACAGCAUGGAAGACAAAUUACACAAUGGAAUAGCAUGCUAAAAGAUAUAGCUUUUGAAAAUUAACUUGAUCAUUUUUGUGUCAUUUUAUUUUGUUGGAAUAGAGUUGAUUUGUGCAUUAAGAAGACAUUCAGUUUGUAAAGCACUUUCAUAUUUAUGUCACAAUAUAAAGAAGUUAAGUGGGAUGGAGUGAUUUGCUUACCGCAGUAUGUUUGUCAGUUGUGAGGGUGUUUGACAUCACAGAUACUGAAACAGUUAAUCCUUGUUCCUACUCUACAGGUAUACAGCUACUGCAAUAAAUGUUUUAAUUAUG